AUGAUGGCAGAGCCAGUGGGCCUGGCACAUGUGAAGAUGGAAGAUGGCGAUGCUAAGGGAAUUGAGGUCAAAGUGAAACAGGAGAUGAACAGGCUCUUUGCUAUGAGCUGCGUGAACAAGCACGUUGAUGCUCUUCAAUCCACUAUUCAAUCAGUUCCAGCCACUACCAAGAAGAAUUUCCUCUUGGAUCCUUGGGCGUUCAACUUUUCCGAGCACAGCAAAUAUGGUGAAUGUGGGCGCUUCCCCUCCAAUCAUCAAUUUCUUGCUCACUAUGGGUCCUUCUUACAGCAUGGCUUUGAAAGCCAUAGGGAAGCAUUUGAAGUGAAGUUUGGAUUGGGCCACGGCUCUGACCCUUUCAAGAUCGAACCCUUCUCCGUGGGCUUUGUUGAUGGACAAUGCAAAGCGCUGAUAAUCCAAACAAUCCUGGCAUUGAUCAGCAAGAUGGUGAGUGCAGAGGAUGACUUGGAUGAACCUAUGGCAAAGGUGAUUGCAUCCUUCCGCUAUUGCCGGGCCAAUUUCCACAAGCAUGAGGAGCCUGAGACCUUCCUCUUUGAAUCUCUUUGUGUGGAGAGCGAUGGACCUACCAUCUUUGCAGCCAAAUACGAACCGUGGCUCCAAGAAACCUUGAGUGGAUUUGGAAACGGGAUCAGGCGGCCAGACUCAGAACGCAUCAUCCUCUGGUGCAACUAUGUCACCCAAGGGGUGAUGUCUGCUCGCCUGAACACGUUUUGCUUGGAGCAGCUCACCCAGCUGUGUCAUGCAAACCCGCGAAAGCGCUUUGCCUGUGGCACUGCCUGCCACACAGUCCAUGAGACAUCAUUUGUCUCUUCAUUGGUUGCCCAAAAGGUAUAUGCAAUGGCCCGUGCUGGUGAGCUUCGAUUGCCAGCGUUUCCAAACUUCUCAAACGUGGUCUCUGAGCUCAGUGCUAAGCAGGAGCUGCCUGCACCCAACUAUGAAGUGUGCGUGGGGCUGGCAAAUGGCACUUUGGUGCUCAAGCAGAACCUGGUCUCUUAUUGGUCCAAGUGUUCUGUGCAUGGUGAUGAUUUCCAAGCGCUGCUCAAGGCCCACAACGAGAAGUACAACCCGCGAGGUGUGAAGCGUGGUGGCCCUGGAAAUGAACAUGACGAUGAUGGUGCAGAGGGCAGUGUCCAGGCCACUCGCAAGAAGCUCAAGGUGGAGUCAAGCGUGAAGGCCAAGGACCAGGAGGAGAAGUUUGAUGAGCCGCUGGCCUUGUCAUGUGGCAACUACCGGCUGAUCUAUGACAAGGGUCAAGACACUUUGUGGCUUGGAGCGGAAGACCCAAAGAAGAAGGAUGUGGAGUCGAUUGAAGUCAGCGGCCCUUGUGAGCUGUUUGGUUUUGGAAGUGGCGACUUCGCAGAGGGACCUGAAGCAGCUGAUAUCAUGAGCGAUGUCACAGGGCGGUGGCUCUGCUACAAGGUCACCAGCUGCACUGAUGAGUGCAUUCUAGAGGUGGACAAGCGGCUUCCUGACCAUAUCCGCAAGUCUGAUGUGUUUGGGAAGGCCCUUCACGUUCUGGACAUGAAGCUUUGGGGCACCCCUGUGCUUGUAGUCACAACAAGUUGUUUGUGCUGUUGA